CUGAAGCAUCAGUCGUGCCGGAAGCGUGGGGUCUCCUCAAGUCGGAGCUGCAGGAGAAUGUAGACUCUGGGUCACGUGUGAAGGUCCUCACCGCCGCGUCCGCAACUCGCUCCGUCAUUCCAUCACGCAUGGGUGUGCGGGGAGGAACAGCACGCCAACUUGAAGGUAUGUGCGGACGCAGGAGACUGUCGGUCACCCUCUUGUCAGUAGCAUGGGGCUGGGGGUCGGACGCCGAGGUCAUUGAGAAAGGGGAGAUGGAGACGGCGGUGGGCGGCGGUGCGGACGGCACCCAGGCUGACACCGGAGACGACAGUACACAACAGGGACCUUCCCCGCAGCCCGCUCUCACCCCCGGCCUCUCUCCCACCCAGAAGAUCUCCUCCCUCGCCUUCGUCGUCGUCUGCGCCGAGACGCCCGCCACGGACCCCCCAGCAGGCGUCGACACCAACGCUGCGGAAUGGGAAGAGUUGCCUGUGCCAACGACUGUCACCGGGGCUGGGCGUACGCCGCGAAAGUCUACGUCGGGGCGAUCAGAGCAUAUAUGCGGGUCUUCCAGGCAGCGGAGGACCACGCGUACCUCAGGAAGUUCGCUUCGGAGGCGUGUCUCCGCAGCGGGGGGUGCCCCUGUUGCGCAGAAGUUCGUCGACCAGAGGCUAGAGCGCAACGCGACGGACACGACCGGUGCAUCAGGCGCGUGCGCGAGUGCAUGCUCAGGGCGCUCAACACGGUCACCGUCGGCACCGUCAGCGACCGUCUCUCCGCCGGACCUCAGCGAGCCACAGCUCGAGAGCCCCGUGGUCAGGGUGAGACGCGUGGUCGGCUUGGGGAGCUGGGCUGUGGCGAAGGCGAGACGCGCGGGGGAGAGGGAAGGCGCGAGGGCGUAUGCCGCUGCGCCCCGAGUCAACGGGGUCACGGGCGACGUGGAUGUUGAGGAGGCCCUUCGGAUAGGGGCGAGCUUGAAGCGGGCUCUUGACGAGGGGAGUGUUGCGCAGGCGCGGGAUGCUGUUAAGCAUCGGCAUCUCGACCCGGGGCAAGCGAUUCCAGGGAGACUCGAUGGUCGUCGAUCAACGGUCUUUUGGGUUUGUGCUGUGGGUUGCUUGCGUCGUACGGCUGUUGCUUUCGCUCCGUACGCUCGCCCUCGUCGUUAGCCCACCGUCCGUCUGCGUAUCACCGUGUCCCCUCUUGUCUCAUGUGGUCGUGUACGCGUGAGUAUCGCAUUCGUCUGCACGAUAGCUUGGAGUGCGUCGGACCAAGUACCGGCCGCGUAACCGGAGUGAGGUGCACACGGUUGUGAUUGGUACGAGA